UUCUCCUUCUCUCUUCAACAAUAGUGUAUAUAUAGACAAGGACCCCCACUGGCUUAGACGCUUGUCUCAACUUUGCUUCACUCUUGAAAGAAAUCCCAAUAUAUCCCUAUCCAGAGAGCAAGAGAAAGAGAAGAAACAAAACCACUUCUUGUUUUUCCUUUAAAAGUCACUUAAAAUAAAAGGAAGAAAGAUUUGUUGCUUGAGAGUAGAAUGGGAAGGCCACCUUGUUGUGAUAAAAUAGGGGUGAAGAAAGGACCAUGGACACCAGAAGAGGAUAUCAUCUUGGUUUCAUACAUUCAACAACAUGGUCCUGGUAACUGGAGAGCUGUUCCCAGUAAUACUGGUUUGCUUAGAUGCAGCAAAAGCUGUAGACUUAGAUGGACUAAUUAUCUCCGUCCGGGAAUCAAACGUGGCAACUUCACAGAACAUGAAGAAAAGAUGAUUAUUCACCUCCAAGCUCUUCUUGGCAACAGAUGGGCUGCGAUAGCAUCAUAUCUCCCACAAAGGACGGACAACGAUAUAAAAAAUUACUGGAAUACUCAUCUGAGAAAGAAGCUGAAGAAACUUCAAGGGAAUGAUGAGAAUAGUAAUCAAGAGGGAAUACGCUCAUCGUCUCAAUCAAAUGUCUCAAAAGGACAGUGGGAGAGGAGGCUUCAAACUGAUAUCCACAUGGCUAAAAAAGCCCUUUGUGAGGCUUUGUCCCUUGACAAAUCUGAUUCUCCGCCAAAUAAUCCUAUCCCUCAACCUGUUCAAUCAUCUUGUACUUAUGCAUCUAGUGCUGAAAAUAUUUCUCGAUUGCUUCAAAAUUGGAUGAAAAAUUCCCCCAAAUCAUCUCAAUUUAGUCAAUCAAACUCGGAGUGUACUACUCAAAGCUCCUUUAACAAUUUAUCAAUCGGGCAGGGUUCGAGUUCUAGUCCUAGUGAAGGGACCAUAAGUGCAACAACACCCGAGGGUUUUGAUCCGCUCUUUAGCUUCAAUUCAUCCAAUACUGAUAUGUUGGCAGAUGAGAGUAACGCUUUCACACCUGAAAAUGCUAGGAUUUUUCAAGUUGAAAGCAAGCCAGAUUUGCCGAAUCUGAAUGCUGAAAAUGGAUUUUUAUUUCAAGAGGAGAGCAAGCCAAGUUUGGAAUCGGAAGUGCCAUUAACUUUGCUGGAGAAGUGGCUCUUUGAUGAUGCUAUUAAUGCACCAGCACAAGAAAACCUAAUGGGAUUGGGAAUAGGAAUGGGAAUGACCUUGGGUGAUGCUUCUGAUUUGUUUUGAAGAAAUAUUUACGAAAUGAUUAAAUGAUAGCCCUAGUAAAUAUUUCUUCAAAACAACUUAGUAGUUACGUUUUGGUUUCUUUUAUCUGUUUUUUUUUGGGUUGUUACUUGUUAAUUAGACUUUGGAGUUUAUAGGUUGUUACUUACUAGCCUGAGCAAAAACUCUGGUAUUUGCAAGAGCAAAAAGUGUAAAUUACAAGUAAUCUUAAAUCUGCAUAUGUAGUGAAUAGUACUAGUGAUACUACCCUCUCUAAGCUUCUAAGAGCUUCAACUGUUUGUACUAUGUGCUCAAUUUUUUUGAGUAUUUAUUAUCUAGAAAUGAAAAUUAGAGUUUGACUUCA